AUGGGCUGCUCACGGCCGAGUUGGACUUUGUAUUCCGAUGACCUUUCGCUGAAUAAGGGCCCUCCAACCGGGUUGAGCCAUGGUCCAGUCAAGAUGUGUCACACCUUUUUCGCCAGUUUGCCCCAACCGAGGCCGAAUCUCUCUCUUUUUACACCUUCUUCGGCAAGUCCAUACCAAUUUUCAACCUUUCUAAAACUGCACUCGAGGCGCCCUUUUCUGGAGUGGAAUCCCAUUUAUCCACAGCCCACAAGAGCAGACUCGCAAAGUUGGAGUGGAACUCAGUGCACACAGACUCAUUGGCAGCAUGGGCUUAGUGUCGCUGUGGUACAGGUCGCUUCUUCGUGCCCAUCCAUUACCCUCCCUGUACCCAUCUGCCUCUAA